GGGACUGUGCUGGAAGAACGUUGCUUCUGUUGUGUCUUCACCCGACCCCAAUAAUUGUAAACCAGAGGCACAGUCUCACCAUGUCAGAAGCAUUGUUGAGGGCUGUGGCGACACGAGAGGACGAAAAGGUAACCCGCGGGCCGCAUCCAUACCUGUCGGGAAACUUUGCUCCUAUUAAGCGGACGCGACCGCUUACUCCGUGUACAUUUAUGGGUCACAUACCUCCAGAGCUCGCCGGUGGUCAAUAUGUGCGGAAUGGUGGCAACCCGACCACGAAUGAGAACCUUGGUCGUGAUGCGCAUUGGUUCGACGGCGAUGGCAUGCUGAGUGGGGUCCUGUUCCGAAGGGGCGGGGAGAAAGGGACAGAGGUUAAACCCGAAUUUGUCAACCAAUUCAUCCUGACCGACGUUUAUCUAAACGCUAAGGACAACACCAAUCUCAAAACACCACUCCUUCCUAGUAUAGCGACUCUCGUCAGCGCAUCACUCGCCAGAAUCAUCGUGGUAGUUUUACGGACCUUGUUUCUCGUGCUUUUGUCAGCAUUACCUGGAUCGAGGCAACGCGUAAAGAAGAUCAGCGUCGCCAACACGAGCGUCAUCUUCCACGAUGGUCGAGCACUGGCCACAUGCGAGAGUGGUCUACCCAUGAGAUUUCAACUGCCCGGGUUGGAGACCGUUGGAUGGUUCAAUGGACGUAAGGCGGAAAACGAACCAAACCAAGACGGGCGGCGUGGCUUCGGGGGAGAAUCCUCCAUUGCAUUCAUGAAGGAGUGGACAACAGGCCACCCUCGAGUAGACCCAGUGACGAAGGAGCUGAUAUCCUUCCAUGCCGUAUUCAUCAAGCCUUUCGUCUAUUAUUCCAUCGUCCCGCCGAGCAAGCCCGUAGACCCACGCGCGCCGAUGCUUGGGCCUCGAUUCGACAUGCCGAUACAAGGGGUGUCUUCCCCAAAGAUGAUGCAUGAUUUUGGUGUCUCGGCAAGGCACACCAUCAUCAUGGAUUUGCCUCUUUCCUUGAAUCCGAUGAACAGCUUGGUAGGAAAGCCUGUCGUUUCAUACGACCCGACGGAACGAUCGCGGUUCGGUGUUUUCCCGAGAUACGAACCGCAGAAGAUCCAAUGGUUCGAGACAAAUGCGUGUGUCAUUUUUCACGCGGCGAAUUGCUGGGAAACGGACUCGAUUGUGCCCGUUUCCGAGAAAUGCGUUCAUCUUCUCGCGUGUCGCCUCACAUCGGCAUCUGUGGUGUACAGCGCUGGUGCGCUCGCGCCGCCCGUCCCUAAACCAGUACCUCCUGAGUAUGUUGAGCAAGAACAAUGUCGCCUGUAUUAUUUUAGUUUCCCGUUAACGGCAGAUAUGACGGACAAGCCUAUGAUUCGAAAUCAGUGGGCACUGUCAGCCAUUCCGUUUGAGUUUCCCACAUUGGCAAAAUCUUAUGAGAUGACAUCUGCGUGCUACAUAUAUGGGUGCAGCACCGGCUCGUCUUCUUAUUAUUCUGCUGCGUUGGGCAAAGCUGCCAAAAUUGACUACCUCGCCAAAAUUAACGCAGAGACACUAAUUAGUCGGGGCAUUGCUCACCCACCACAACAAAUCAAAGGUUGUGUGGAUAACCGUACCCUCGACGAGAUCAUGCGGAGCGUCGACCCUGACGAUCCGAUCAAGCUGUUCGCGCUGCCCGAGGGAUGGUUUGCGCAAGAGCCGCGUUUCGUGCCCCGAGCAGACCCAGCAUCUGAAGACGAUGGUUGGCUGCUCACCUAUGUAUUCGAUGAGUCGCAGUUGGACAACAACGGCGAGUGUGGCGACCAUGCCGUGAGCGAAUUGUGGGUUAUUGAUGCGAAAAACAUGAGGGACAUCAUCGCUCGCGUCAAGUUGCCGCAGCGAGUGCCGUACGGGCUCCACGGGGCCUGGUUCCCGGAAGAGGAGAUCCAUGGGCAGCGACCAAUUGAAAAGUUGAGAUGUGAAGUUCCCAAGGAAAGCAUUGAUCAAAGCAGCUUAUUGGCAGUAAUAAGGUACACUUUGGAGAGGUGCAUUGGCUGAGGACGCGCAUUAAUGCAAGUGAAUUUUGCGAUGGGUGCAACUGGAAUGAGCGGGAGGAACCAUCGAGGUGGGGAGAUAAGGCGCGUAUCUCCAGGCAACAUCCUGGCGCAUUGAGGCCAUAGCAGCCGCUCCUAAUUGUUUGGUCGGAACAGGCGUGUUGCAAUGGCAAUAAUUGUAAUAAGUAUUAAACAUACUGGACAUUAGGGCAGAGGACUCACUUGCUUAAUGAAUGGUUGGAGAAAUAAUCGCAGUUGCUACUUCAUUCAGAUGUGCUCGCCGCUAAAU